CUCCGUGACCGUCGGCCCCUCUCCCCCGUCCUAUCCAGCAAUGGGAUAUGCUCCCGCGGGAGCAUAUAAUUCUUUCUGCUUACGAUGUUUUGCUCGAGAGACGGAGCGAGAGUUGAAGAUUUAGCAGUAGGGAGAGUGAGGGGCAGAGCCUAGAGAGAGAGAGUGUGUGAAUUUAAAAAUGGCGGUGUCAAUCUCUUCUUUCACCUCUAUUUUUCUCUCCAACCCCCAUCCUCUUCCCCUUCUCUCUGUAACUCCCAAAUGCCAAUACCCCCUCCGCUUAGUCCUCUGCUCCUCAGCUGGCAAAGAUGGAGUGCUUAGGGACAGAAGAAAGCAAAUUCUGGAGGAGUAUGGCCUUAACCCUUCUGAUUACGUCUCUGAUCCUUCGGAGAUCACACCAAAGGCACCCCGGAGAAAGAAGGGACGAGAAAAUCCACCACCAAAAGGAGCUAGAGUCGCACCAGAGGAGCACAAAAUCCCUCGGACUACCCAUAAAUUGCUUCAGGUGUUAGGAGGGAAGGCCCGUAGAAGAAAACUGCUCUCACCAAAAGGCAUGGAUGUGCGUCCAAUGAUGGAAGUUGUGAGAGGUGCAGCAUUUGAUAUAUUGCAGGUGGCUGGUGGUUGUCCUGCUUCUUUAAGACCAGGUCGUUGGUUAGAUUUAUACAGUGGCACGGGAUCAGUUGGGAUUGAAGCGAUUAGCCGUGGUUGUUCAGAGGUGCAUUUCAUUGAGAUGGACCCAUGGGUUGUGUCUGAAGUCUUGAGACCUAAUUUAGAGUGUACAGGUUUUUUAGAUGUUUCAGUUAUACAUACAAUUCGUGUUGAGAAUUUCCUUGGACAGGCUGAGCAAUUUCCGGGAAAAUUUGGAACUUUUGAUUACAUUAGUGUCACCCCACCCUACACGGAAGUCAAUUACAGUGUACUGAUGGAUCAGCUUUCUCGGUCCCCAUUAGUUGGAAAAGAUACAUUCAUUUUGGUGGAGUAUCCACUAAGGACCGUGAUGUUGGAAUCCUGUGGGUCUCUUGUUAAGGUAUCUGAUCGGAGGUUUGGGAGGACCCACUUGGCUAUUUAUGGACCACCUUGGUCACAAAAGAAAAGGAAAUCAGAAGAACUAUAUAUCAGUUCCUUGGAAUCUCAAUUGCAAGCUUCAAGCCUGGGUUGAAUUUGAACAAUUAUGAGGUCACAUAUGCCAACAUCAUGCAGGGUCUGCAGUACUCGAUAAGAUGUUCAUUUUUGGGACACAGGAGGAUGUCUUCCUUUUUAAUUCAACUAAGAAUGGCGUGGAAUCAUACAUGGUAUUUUUGUUUCAUCCCAUAUCCUUCUUGUAUAAAAAAUGCAUUGGGCAUCACCAAGUGCAUGAUGUUUGGUUUCUGCAAUUGUCAAAGCCAUAAACACUAUGAUGAUUGGAUUGAACCAACAGUUUUAGAUGCUUUAAACUUGUUGUUUACAGGAAAGAAUGUCAUAUUUUGUACCUAAUCAGCUUCCAAAUCACAUGCAUCAAUGAGAAAGCAUAGAGUCCCCAUAAAUUACUGCAA